UAAUUCGGUAGUCAUGUUAAAUCUUUUCUGUGGUCGAAAAACUAGAAAAGAUAUAUUGUUAAUAAUCUCAGCCAUCUUGGUAACUCUUGCAACAGCCGCAUUAGGACACACGAUACUUGAAGAAUACAACUGUGGACAAGAAGACAUUGAGUACAAUGUUACUCUUAGAGGCGGUCAGUUUGCCGGGAUUUUCAAGGACCGUGGACCGGUAAAGAAUAUGCAGGAAUGUAUGCAUUUGUGCUGCAAUACAAAGAAAUGUGACGUGGCCAUGAUGCACGGAUCAAAAUGUUUCAAUGUGCAUUGUGUGAAUGACACAACUUGUGAGACGAUUCCAGCGGAUGAUGAAGAUAUUGACAUGCAAGUUGCACACAUGACUACUAAAGGAACAAGACAACUGACCGAAGCACCGGUAAGCGACAAUCUUAAGAGUUAUGACCCUGAAGCGAAAUGUCCGCACAACGAGAUCAUGUACAACGUAAAGCUAAUGGGUGGAUUGAAAGCUGGAAAAUUCACAGACAUUGGAAAAGUUAAGAGUAUAAAGACUUGUAUCAGAUAUUGCUGCGAGUCUAAGGUGCAGCCAUGCGACCUGGCCUUUAUGUUAAGUGACCGCUGUUAUUUGGUGAAAUGCUACUCAGAGGAGAGAUGUCAGGCAAUUCCUGCUGCCGCUAUAGAUCAUUCAUUCAAGCAGAAAAUGGCUUUCGUAGCGCCAUGGUUGUAUCAAAAAGGCAAGAAAGUUGUGAAAAUUCCAUCUGGCCAGUCUCCACAUCACUUACAAUGCGUUCAAAGCAGACGCUACACGAAGUCCCGACUCCUCGAUGGCCCAAACGCGGGGCUCUUCACUGACGUGGGGCGCGUUGCAAACCCCCAAAUAUGCACCCGCUUGUGCUGCGAGGAUCCUUCCUGUGACUUGGCCUAUAUGUUUGGUCGUACAUGUUUCCUUGUAAAGUGCUACAGCGAGAGAAGCUGUCGCACGAUUCCCGACGAAGACGCUUGGCGCAAUGAUACUAAUUUGGACAAAUCCACGCAAUACAUCGUUACACGAAAGUUUGGUGUAAAAUUAAGAGACGACGGAACUCCCGUUAUACGAACCGAAACAAACCGAGAAGAAGAGUGUCGCCUGGAUGGCGAGAUAAGGAACAAGACAAUUCUCCAGGCCGGCAUGGUAUCUGGAAAAUUGACGCAUCACAAAGGUGUCACAGACAUUAACUCGUGCAUAAAGCGAUGCUGUGAACAGGACCAAUGCCAUGUGGCUAUGAUGAUGGCGGAUAAGUGCUACACGGUCUUUUGUACUAAUAAGCAGUACUGCCAGCCUAAACCAGCUCCGGUAGAGACACACCACACCAACCCCACAGUGGCUUAUGUCAAGAGAGGAGAAAUAAGCUUUGCACCUAAACCAAAGUCGGUGAUGCCGCAAAUUGAAAGAUUCCACCCUAACGUAGUGCAAGAUGUCGAAGAAGAAUAUCUUGAAGCUGAUGAAAAUAACGUCAAAGGCAGUAUCGACGUGGAUGCCAGCCAACGCAGCAGUUUGCCGAGUAUCCCAAGUAAAGAGGCUGAAGCAGAGGUCUCUGGGAGUGGAGGCAUUGAGGAAGUCGAAGAGUAUCAAAGUGGUAGUGGGGACAGUGAGAGUAAUGAUGAUAGUGGUGACCAAAGCGGGUCGGGAGAAAAUGUAGAGCAGGAUGAGGAAAGUGGAGACGAGUCCAGCGGUGAGAGCGGAGCUGAAGACAAUGAAGCCGAAGGUAGUGGGAAUGAGGAUAGCGGAGCUGAAGAUAGCGGAGCUGAGGAUAGCGGAGCUGAGGAUAGUGGAGCGAGCGGAGAGGAAGAAGACAGUGGGGUCAGCGGAGACAGCGGAGACAGCGGAGACAGCGGAGACAGUGGAGACAGCGGGGAUAGCGGGGAUGAAGAAAGCGGCGAUGAAGAUGAGGAUAGAGAAGAUGAACUUCAAGGACUGGCCCAACUCAGGAACAUUCUGAGCCUCAAAGGCGUUCUUUAAUCAUAGUUACAAUAGUAAAACGGUAGUUUUAAUGGAAUCAACAAUGCUUCGUAUAGGAGUUUAGUUUUUUUUUUUUACGUCAAGAAGUAGUGGCUCAGACUCUGAAUACUUGGGGAUGCGUGUUUGCUGACGAGGCCUUAUUUCAGGGCCUUUUGGCCCAAAGGUUGUUUUCAACUACAUUCCUUGAGGGAGUGAAUUGCUUUUCAGUUUGUGAGAGAAAAAGAGUUAAGGAUCUACCUGAACGCUCACAUGAUCGAAAAAUACAGCACUUGACACAAAAUAAAGAUCCAUGGAAUAUCACUGUGUUUGCUCCGUUCACCAUAAAUUUUGCUUUAAUGCUAACUAAAGUAAAUUUUUCUCUUCGUCUUUUUUUAAAGUCUCUGUUACAACGUGUUACUAGCCUAACUACCUUUUAAAGACUUGAUCUAAACUGGGUAAAUAUGUACAAAUUUGGAAUUUCACAAAUUAAAACCCACUGUACAUAAUUGGUCACUUAAGAUAUCUAUAAUAUUAA